GAAAAAGCAAUAGCACGCGAGCACCGUGAACUACUAAUUAAUUUCAGAGCGGUCGGAUCCUGCAGUCCAGAGGUUAACGGCGCGGGGCGAGCCGGCAAGUUUAUGUCAGCUGGCCCUGGUCACCCCACCAGAUCACCGUUCAGUUCCUGUUUACAUUACAUUACAGAAUGUCUGCACCUGGAAAGCAGCUAAGCUUAAAAAAAACAAACACGCAGAGCUCGUCGUAAAACCUGGAAUGGGUGAAACUGCCGUGCAAUGGGAGUCUUAUUUCCAUUCCUGGAUUCCUGGUCGUGAUUUUUUUUUCCCAUCAUGCCUGAGUGGGCGCACCGGUUCGGUGAAAAAAAAGCCAGUAACCAAGCUCCCCCUCGCCCCUCCUCUGUUUCCUCUCUGGGUGGUAUCGUCGCUCGAAUGGCCUCAUCCGAGCCGCUGUCCGGAGGGAGCUGCACGUCGGUCAACACGGUCUGCUCGGACAGCGACCGGCCGGUCAGCCUCAGCUCCUCUGCCUCCUCCGCCUCCCUGCCGGAGAGCCACGCCUCCUUCGGGAGCGGGGGGUCCCUGGGGGGGUCUCUCCCCUACGGCAGCACCCCUCAGUACCCCGCCCCCCAGCGCAACGGCAGCGACAUCAGCCUGGACCUCACCCCCUUAUCCCAGCUGGAGCUGAGGCCGGCAGGGGUCCCCCCCAGACACCCCCCCUCUCCCUGGGCCUGCCAGCAGGAGGACCGGGCCAAGCUGACCAGGGAGGAGAGGGUGGUGCUGGAGAUCGUGGAGACAGAGCAGGCCUAUGUACAGGACCUGAAGAGCAUUGUGGAGGACUAUUUGGGAUGCAUUAUAGACUGCGGAGACCUGCCAUUGAAGCCGGAUGAAGUCAGCACCCUGUUCUGCAACAUAGAAGAUAUUUACGAGUUCAACAGUGAGCUGUUGGAGGAUCUGGAGAGAUGCAGCCACGCAGCGGCCAUCGCGGAGUGCUUCGUUGAGAGGAGCGAAGCCUUUGACAUUUAUACAUUGUACUGCAUGAACUACCCCAACUCGGUGGCAGUGUUACGGGAGUGCAUGAAGACUGAAAGCCUGGUGCGUUUCUUCCGUGAGCGUCAGACCAGCCUGUCCCACUCCCUGCCCCUGGAGACCUACCUGCUGAAGCCAGUGCAGCGGAUCCUCAAAUACCACCUCCUGCUGCAGGAGCUGUUGAAGCACUUUGAUAAGAACCGGCCGGGCUAUGAGGUCAUCGAGGAGGCUCUUAUCACCAUGACAGCAGUGGCCUGGUACAUCAAUGACAUGAAGAGGAAGCAGGAGCAUGCUGUCAGACUGCAGGAGAUCGAGAGCGUCCUGUUGAACUGGGCCGGUCCGGACCUCAGCGGGUUUGGAGAGCUAGUUCUGGAGGGGACCUUCCGGGUCCAGCGGGUCAAGAAAGAGCGAGCCUUCUUCCUCUUCGACAAGAUGCUCCUCAUCGCCAAGAAGAGAGGAGACAGCUUCAUCUACAGCACCCACAUCUUCUGCUGUAACCUCCUGCUGUCUGAGAACCUGAAAGACUCUCUGAGCUUCAAAGUCUCGGACCAGACCAUCCCCAAGCAGCAGUACAUUGUGCAGUCGAGGAACCAGGAGGAGAAGCGGCUGUGGCUACACUACCUGAAGAGGCUGAUUGUGGAGAACCACCCUACCUCCCUCCCGCAGAAGGCCAGACAAGUAUUAGGAGACAACUGCUCACCGUAUCCACAAGCCAUGCAGUUCAACUCGGAGACCCUCAGGAAACCCGCCUCCUCUCCCCGAUUGGAUGAUUGCAGGGGUUACCACAGGGGGAGACGCCAAUCGGAGCCUCCAGAGUUUCUGUACAGCCCAGAGAAGGCCAGGAAGCACGUCCCUCUGCUCAGUCUAGAGGGGAGCACCCCGUACCGGAGAGGCAGGAGGCAAUCCGCUCCGGCGAAAGAGAUCGAGAAAGCGUUUCGACAGAACUUGAUACUGAAGAUCAGGCGGGUUUAA